UCAAGCAACACCAUAGCUAGCGGCCAUGGCACAAGGAGUGAUGCUGUGGUAUGACCUCCAUGCUCUGGCUGCAGCCGUGGGGCCACUGCUACUAGUUUCUUCUGUGCUGGUGGCUACGUCGUCGACGGCGGCGAACUGCGGCAGGAAGUGUGGCGACGUUCGCAUCCCCUACCCGUUCGGCAUCGGCGUCGACUGCGCCUGGCCGGGCUUCCACGUCUCUUGCAACCAUAGCUUUACCCCUCCCAGACCCUACUUGUACAACAUAGAGAUCAAGGACAUCUCGGUGGAGGCAGGGGAGAUGCGCGUGUACACUGACGUCGUGUCCAACUGCUAUACUUCGUACAAUACCACCGAAUACGUAACGACCUCCUCGCAGGUCGACCUCGGUACGCCGUUCCUGUUUGCGCGGAGCAGGAACGAGUUCACGGCCAUCGGCUGUGGCGCGAUUGCGUUUCUACGGGGCAGGGACGAUGCGAGCUACUCGACCGGCUGCAUCACGACGUGCGCGAGCUUGGAGGAGGCCGCCCACGACGGUGACGACUGCACGGGGCUGGGUUGCUGCCAGGUGCCCUCCAUCCCACCCAACCUUAGCGUCUUAAACUUUUCCUUCGGCUCCGGAAGCAUGAUCGGCAACCCUGCUUGGAGAGAGAGCCCGUGUAGCUACGCAUUCGUGUCCGAGAAAGGCUGGUACAAUUUCAGCCGGCAAGAUUUCGGUCGUGCUGGCAGCAAGGGCUUAUUUGUCGAGAGUGAUGGAGCCAAAAGUGUCCCAACUGUACUUGACUGGGCCAUCAGGGGAAAUGGGUCGUGCCCGUCAACUGCAGGAGAGGUUGCUCCUGCUUGUAUCAGCGCACAUAGUGAGUGCGCCAACGUCACCAACGGAGAGGGGUACCUCUGCAAUUGUUCCACGGGAUACGCCGGCAAUCCCUAUGUCAUCGGCGGAUGCAUAAAUAUUAACGAAUGCAAGCAAAAUCCAUGCCGUGAUGGGACAUGUUAUGACCUCGAAGGUGGUUACAAGUGUAAAUGCGGUUUCAAUCGAGUAAAAGAUAAAAACGAUGACAAUAUUUGUAAACAAAUACUCUCCAAAUCGGAUAUAGUGGUGAUCGCAAUAAUAUGUGCCGUCGCAAUUUUGUCCAUCGUACUCAUUUUCUUGCGCAUGGAACAUGAGAAGAAGAAGCUUGAAGAUACUUUCAAAAAAAAUGGUGGUGAACUUCUGAAAAACAUUGGUAUAAAGACAUUCACGAAGAAGGAAAUAAGCAAAAUCACAGAUCGCUAUGGCACUUUCCUUGGAAACGGUGCCUUCGGUAAGGUCUAUAGGGGAACUAUUGACAACAACCAACAUGUUGCAGUGAAGCGCCCCAAUACGUUUGAUGAGGUACGUAGAGAAGAUUUUGCAAAUGAGGUCGUCAUUCAAUCUUAUAUCAGUCACAAGAACAUAGUUAGACUUGUGGGCUGUUGUUUGGAGACAAAGAUUCCGAUGCUGGUCUUCGAGUACGUCCCAAAAGGAAGCCUUCAAGAUGUGCUUCAUGGUAACAAGAAGAUCAAUAUUGAAAAGCAACCUCUCUCACUACAAGCACGUUUAGCAAUUGCUAUUGAAUCUGCAGAUGCUCUAGCCUACAUGCACUCAUCGGCUAAUCAAAAUAUUGUCCUUCAUGGAGAUGUGAAGUCUGGCAACAUUCUCCUAGAUAACAACUUCAUGCCAAAGGUCUCGGACUUUGGAAUAUCUAGACUCAUAUCUAUACAGAAACACCACACUUCAUUUGUCAUAGGGGAUAUGAACUAUAUGGAUCCUGUUUAUAUGAAGACUGGAAUGCUUACUGAGAAGAGUGAUGUGUAUAGCUUUGGAGUUGUACUCUUGGAACUAAUUACCAGGAAAAAACCAAGAUAUGAUGAAAAUAACAGCCUCCCAAUAAACUUUGUGAAGUAUUACAUGACUGAUAGCAGGGCAAGGGAGAUGUUCGAUGAUGAGAUCAAGUCUCCUGAAGUCAACAUUGACUGUCUUGACAUGAUUGGUAAGAUUGCAGUUCAAUCCCUCAAGGAUGAUGUGGAAGAGAGGCCCACCAUGAAGCAAGUUUUGGAGCACCUUAAUUUGGUGAGAAACAAAUUAAUGGAUACAGAGAUAAGCAUAUAAGAGUUGUUAUCACGUUUAUGAUCAGAAUUUCCUCCUACGACGCCUCAGUUUGCCUUGUUCAAUCUGUGAAGCUACAGCAUGAUCUAUGUUGCCUUCCUGUGAAUGUGAUUGUGUGUAAUGUUAAUUUGUUAUAUAUUCUGGUAUACUCUGUAUUGUACAAUAGAAUAAAGUUGCAAUGUAAGAUUUAUGGUAUCUUAGGUUAGAGUGUUGUGGUUGUGCUUUUCGCCCAGUUUCUCUUAAUUAACUGUGUAUUGUAAGGUUUGGUCUCUUUUUUCCUUAAAAUCAGACAUUUUCUUCUUUAUAUAAAGCGUUGGCAACGGCCU